GCACGUGUCGGCGGGGCAGCAUGGCGGAGUGGCGCGCGGUGCCCAGCGACCUUUUCCCUUUCGUGCUCGCCUUUCUGCGCGAGAACCACUUCGAUGGCGCCGCGCGCGCCUUCGUUAAGGAGGCGGCGGCGGUGAGCGGCGGGAAGGAGCAAGACCCCAACGCAGCCUCCCUCCUGGACAUCUAUAGUUACUGGCUGAAGUCUCCGGCGGCCAAGAAGAGAAAGCUGGUUCCCAACGGCUCGCAGGCCAAGAGGAAGCCGCCCUCCAGCAGCGAUGACAGCUCCAGCGAGGAGGAUGAGAAGCCCCCAGCCAAGAAACCGGCUAAAGCAGCAGUUGUGCCCAAGGCAAAAGUAGUUCCUCCAGCCAAGAAGGCAGAGAGCAGCAGUGAGGACUCCAGUGAUGAUUCAGACUCAGAGGAAGAGAAGCCAGCAAAGAAAAGUGCAAAACCUGUGGUGAAGCCAGCCGGUACCAAAAUCCCACCUCAGAAGAAAGCAGAGAGUUCCAGCUCUGACUCAAGCAGCUCAGAUGAAGAAGCACCAAAGAAACAGCCACCAAAACCAGCAGCACCUAAAUUGGGAAGUAAAGCUGCCCAGGCAACCACCAGGGUGGUCAAUGGAAAAGCAGCAAGCAGCAGCAGUAGUAGUGAAGAUUCUGAUGAGGAAGAAACUGCACCAAAAAAGGCUGUUCCCAAGAAAUCGCCUCUGCCAAAACCUGCAGCCACUCAAGCAUGUCCAGGAAAAAACAAACUUGCCAAAGAAAGUUCCAGUAGCGAGGAUUCAUCCGACAGUUCAGAUGAUGAAAAGCCCCCUGCAAAACAAAAGCCGAAGUCUGGUCCAUACAGUGCUGUACCACCUCCUCAGGCUACACAGACCAAGAAAGGCCUUGCCAAGGCUCCUGUGAAAAAGGCUGAGAGCAGUGACUCUUCAGACAGUAGUGAUGAGGCAGAGCAGGUGACCCCAAAGGGUGGAGCAGGCAAAGCAGUAGUAGCUAAAACAACGCCUGUCUCACAAAAAAAAGCUGUGACUACCAAGAAGGCUGAAUCCAGUUCUGACAGUGACUCAGAUUCUAGCUCUGAGGAUGACAAGAAGAAGGUAGGGAAUAAACUCCCAGCCAAACAACCUGUGCUGAAGAGUACUUCAAAACUAGCAAAAGUAGCUGUCAAGCCUGGACAAGCGAAGAAAGACUCCAGUUCCUCCUCAGACAGCUCAGAUUCUGAUAGCUCUGACAAGAAGACCCCUGUGAAGCCCACAACUAAAGCAGCAACCCCUGCAACAAGUAAGUCACAAGCUGCCACAAAGAAAACACAAAGUAGCUCUGAUUCAGACAGCAGUUCAAGCAGCUCUGAGGAUGCAAAGAAGAAGAAAGCCACUCCAGGUAAAUUAGCUGGCAAAGUGGGUAAGCCAGUGUCCAAACCUUCUACCCCAGCUUCCAAAGCAGACAGUUCUGAUACUGAUAGCUCAAGCAGUGAAGAAGAAAAGAAGCCAGCAGUGAAACCAGCCACCAAAUCUACAGUGAAACCAGCCAUCAAAUCUACAGGGACAGCAAGAACAACUGUGGGGAAGAAGGCAGCUGCUUCUAGUAGUAGCAGCUCAUCCGAUAGUUCCAGUGAAGAGGAUGAGAAGCCCAAAAAGGCAGCAAAAGGGGCCCAGAGCAAUUCAAAGACUGCUGUCUCCACAGAGAAAGCAAAAGCAUCCAUACCAGCAGCAAACAACGUGAAGUCUAAGCCAGCUGGUGGCAGCAGUAGCAGCAGUGGAAGCAGCUCUGAAGAAGAGACUAGAAAAGUCAAUGGAGGCACAGUCGGGAAGAAACAAAAGAGGGAAGAUGCUCAGGAACCAGAGACACCACACAGUAAAAAGGCAAAGAUCAAAGCGAAAACACCGCACACAGUUCCCAAGGUGAAGCGGCCAGCCUCUCCAUUCCGCCGCGUAAGGGAAGAAGAAAUUGAGGUGGAUGCCCGUGUUGCUGAUAACUCAUUUGAAGCAAAGAAAGGAGCAGCUGGUGACUGGGGUGAGAAGGCUAAUAAUAUCCUCAAAUUCACUAAAGGAAAGUCUUUCCGCCAUGAGAAGACAAAGAAAAAACGAGGCAGCUACCGUGGGGGCACUAUAUCAACCCAAAUCAAUUCUGUCAAGUUUGAAAGUGACUGAGAACAUUUCCUUUGGAAUUCAUAAACCAUCUGCUCACCAGAAUGGCCUGGAUGGGCAUGUGAACGUUACGGACGUCAAGCCUGCCUGGAAUGCUACCUCCCCAUGCCUGUUGUGGGUCAGGCAGCUCCAGUAUAGGGAUGUGGAGGAAUGGUUGGCUGUUUCCCCCUUCUGUUUCUAAUUCUGGUUUAAGCCCCUAAUUUGAAACCAUCCUUGAGCUGGUGUUAUUGACACCACUAGGUUGACUCUCCAAGACUUAAAAUUUCUGUGGUCUUAUUUGAAAAGGCUGGCAGUGAUUUUUUUUUUUCAAUUUCCUGCCAAUCUAGUAGAGAAAAAGUCAUUCUUCUGUAUCUUAACCUCCCACUUUUUCAGCCAGUUUAACUGGGAUACCUGUGAAAUGGCAAGUAUUGUAACUUGCUUUUGGUUAAUUACUGUAAAAGCAACAACUGAUUUGAAGCCUCUAGCUGUAAUCCCUACCCCACCUGACAUUUCAAAUUCACAGUUGUAGCAUGACAGGGUUUCUCUGUUCCAUUUCCUUCUUUAAUGGUUUCACCUUGCAAUAAAUUCCUACCUUCCUCUUCCUUACACUCCUGUUGAGGCCGCUAACGAGUACUUAGAGAAGCAGAGUCUAAAUACACCUUAGUAGUUGGGUAACUGUUGCUUGCAGUUGGAAGUUGUGGGUUAUUGUUAGGAAGACUAAGAUCUAUAGUACUGCUGUGGCACUCCUUGAUGACACUGGGAAUGUAGCUGGGGAGUGGAGAUGUGCAGAAACUCUUGACUGCAUGGUGAUUUGGUGGGAGUGGGUAAGGAGGCAGAGGAGAUGAAGCCGCCUUUUCUACCCAGGUUUGCUUUCUUCUCAUGUUUUUGUUCCAGAGGCUCUGACUGCAGUGUGGCAUUACUCCUUGUUUUCUCUGAACAUAAAAUAUGCCAGCUUAUGCUUACUCCCAGCAGCAUGCUGUGCAGCUUGUUAGGAGUCAAGAUGAAUGUAUCAAUGCCUUAAAUUUCUGGUUUGGAUCACUUGCUCUUUGAGCUGUUUUCCAUCUGUUAAAUCCCUCUCAAGGUAAACUGCAUUUUCCCAUAGCACUGGGUCAAAUAAAGACUGGUGUUAUAAGGUUUGAACAUGUGCAUGUUUGAUAUGAGGAGCCUCACACAAACUCAACAAUUUGCAGCCUAAACAGAUAUCGUGAGCAACUUGAGAUAAUAUAAUGGCUUACUGCUGUUGAGAGGACAGCUUGCUUUUCCCCUAGUUGUAUGACUGCCUUCUUAUUUCUGGUGCAGUUUGCAUCUGUAGAAAAUGGUUCCUCCAACUACAUUUUUUCCCCCCCUGUUAGGUAACUUACCGUGUUAGGGUUAAUUUUUGUGGUGGAGCAGUCUGCUGAGCCCACAACCAGUAUGAAUUGAACAGUGGUGUAGUGCAUGUUUGGGAAACCAGGGUAGAGGGCUGUGAAAACUGCUACCCCAUCUCAUGAAACUGCCACCCACCGAGUGAGGUUAUGCAGGGCCUGAUUUCCAUGUUUCCGUUCCCUCCCCAGAGAGUGACAACGAGAAGAGCCCUGUUACAGGAAGCUGCGUUUGUGUGCAAAGCAGUGUCACCUAAUUGAGAGUUAGAUGAGUAUGAGCCACCCCCACAUACAUGAGCUGCAACUUGUUCCAGUGAACAUUUUUCAGGACUUCUCUUGCUUGCACAAUGUUUGGUGCCUGACUUCUAAGCUACAGCACAGAGGGGUCCAGAAGGCCACAGUUAUUACAAGAAAUUAAGGAUUAGAGGCCAAGGGAAGGUAGAAGAUGCAUUUUCUAUCUGGGAGUCUGAACAUCAUCUUGCUUGUGAUUUGUCAUUUGCCCUCUUUAUCAGAACUUACAUUUGGAACUCUUUAAAAAAGAAACAACACCUCUCUUUUGGGGUAUUUUAAGUCUAAGAAUUUUAAUGUGUCAGAAGAAUAAAGAUUGAUGCUUUUGUAA